AUGGAUGCGAAUGACGACUUCGAUAGCAUCCGCUACAAGGACCACCUCCAACAUGGCGGCGACACCAAUCGACGCAUUCUCUGGGCCACAUGGGCUACAAUUGCCUUUGUGCUCUUCAUGUUUGCUCUAUGCACAUGGUCAAAACGUUGGAAACAAACAUGGCCGCAUCAACACCAAUACCGAUUACUCGAGUCUGACGAACGAGGUUCCCAAAAUUCAAGCCGGAUUUUGGCAUUGCUCGGAAGCAUAAUGAACAAACCGCUGUCGCAUGUAAUCCAACGCAUUGUCCCAGCUCCUACCUUUGGCGGCUUUGUGCUUUUAAUUUCAUACCUCGCUGUUACGAUCCUGCUGACCACAACUCUGGAUGCGCCCUCCUUUUAUCAACUCUACGCAGAAGGUCUGGCUUUCCGCGCAGCAUGGAUUACCCUCACGCAGAUCCCAUUAGUCUAUCUUUUGUCAUCCAAGCGUGGCCCUCUCAACCUCGUUACAGGUAUUUCCUACGAGCGCAUCAAUUACAUCCAUCGGUGGAUCGGGCGCACAUUGUUCCUCACCGCGACUCUACAUGUUGGUGUCAUGAAGUCGCUGAUACCCGCAAGCGACAUCCUAUUCUCACACGAGCAGGGUAUGGGCAUCGUGCGUCAUGGGGUCGGCGCAUAUGUUACGCUACUAUGGAUCGUCGUGACAAGUGUUUUACCAGUGAGGAAAUUGAGUCACCGGGUAUUCCAUAUUAAUCACUGGAUUUCGACAAUUGGGUUCUUGAUGAUAACGGCGCAGCAUGUGCCCAGUUAUGCGCGCGCACCAAUCUUCAUCGCAGGUGGCAUACUGGUCCUGGAUAAGUGUCUAGUUUUGUAUCAUGCUGUGCGCAAUAAUGUUUCCUUUCAGCCGCUACGACGCAAGCUGGGACGGUUUGGAAGAAAGCCAGAGCGUGGCAUGCUCGUCACGGGAUAUGCGAUAGACAUGACAGCGCCGUCAUCUUCAAUACUCGGUUUACCAACUCAGACAAAGGAGACGGCGACCGUCAUACGGAUUGCGAAGCUUCCGUUUACCUGGAGACCUGGACAGCAUAUUAGACUGUAUGUACCUGCGCUAGGGGUAUUCGAAUCCCAUCCCUUCACACCAGCGAAUUGCUCUGCUCUUCCUCCACCACCACUGCCCCCGAGGAAGGACAUCGAACAUGGGGACCACGUGGGACCUCCCCCGACGAAUGAGCCCGCACAGACAAGCGAGAUGCUCCUUAUGAUUCGCGCCAAAUCUGGACUCACACAACACCUCGCAAAUUACCACGCCGAAUGGCUUACACGCCCUUGUCCGAAUGCAAGCGAAACCCCUUCACCACUGAUUGCAUAUCUUGACGGCCCAUACGGCCAAGCGCCGCUGUGGGAAAACUAUGGGAAUCUCGUACUCGUGUCUACGUCAACGGGAGUAUCGUUUAUGAUUGCGAUACUGGAUCAUCUUGAGCAAUUGUGCUUUACUGGUACAACUCGCCCGGCGAUACAGUGUAUCAGGUUCAUAUGGGUGAUUCGCCACACGGACCCGCAUUUUGAAGAUACCGUGUUGAAGCUCCUGCGUCGAUAUGCCGCAAUCCUUUGUGAAACUGGUAUCGCAAUGAGUUUGGACUUGUACAUAACGUGUCCUGAGUCCGCGCUUGCGUCCGAGCCAAGCCAGUAUGAUCAAUUUGCCCAUCUGCGUCGAAGGAGGAGGGGGAGCUCAAGCGUGAGCGCGAGGAAACUUCCCCUGCGUAUCAGACAUCCAGAGGAGAUCUAUGACGAGUGGGAUCGAGAAGCGGAUAUGCACGCUGCGGCUCUGAGGCGGAUUGACCCGUUUGACGCAGGGAUUGAAGAAAAUGAGCGAUGGAGCUUUGAGAGUGACGGUUCGAGUGAGAAUGGAACGCUUGUAGAUGGCGGGGAGGGUGGCUUUGCGCGUGCGUAUGCGAUGGAGGGACCGGACGAUGCGUUUCGGCCACUGCCCCGGCCUGGAGCACUGCAGCAGUUUCAGUCUGCACAGGAGAAGAAGGAAGAUGGCUGUCAAUGCGCGAUGAUCCAGCACCAGCGGCGGAAAUUGAGCACUAAAGGAGCCAGUGGGGACUUUGUUACGCAGUGGUAUGGUGUGCGUCCUGAUCUAUCUGCUAUAAUGGCUGAAGCAGUUCCACCAAACAGUACGGAGAGAACAAUGGUCGCGGUGUGCGCGCACGAGGACAUUUCACGCGAGAUACAGAACACAGUGUCAGAUAUGAACAUGGAAUUUGCACGAUGGAGAAGGCAAGUUCCGUUGAGUAUACAUGUAGAAGGCUUCCAGUAA